GGCCCAGCUCCAUGCUCAGGAUAAGGAUGCCACCUGCGCUCCUGGCUGCUGCUUCUUCUCUGCAGUGGAGUAGGGGGCCAACCGCCAACCCUAACCUCCGGGAUGCCCGGCACGUCCAGCACACUGUGAUGGGGCCUCGGGGCACCAGCUCUCUGCUCCAAGCCCUGGCCACUGCUCCCUCUCUGCUGCAGGGCUGGAGGCACGGCCGACUGCCACUGCCUUCUUCUUCCAGGGCCUUCAAAGCUCUUCAGAAUGGUCUCUCUGCUCCCUCUGCUGGGUCAGCUCACCCCAGCUCUUCUUAGGCCUCCUGCAUUGUUCCCCUGAGUCACUGUCAGCAGCUCCCCAUGCCAGUUCGGCUGCUGCUUUUAUCCGCUCUGGAAGUCCCUCCCUGGCUUACAAACUGGCCAACCAAGGCUCAGGGUGGCCGGCCCCCAACUCUGGCCAUCCCCCUUCCAUGCGAAUAAGGGGACUGAAAACCCCUUCUUUCGAUUGGCUUUUCCUUUUCCACAGGGCAGGGCUCCCCUGCCCCACCCUUGGGGUCGCUCAGAGUUCACCGCCAUUUUUUCUAGCUCAGGGUAAGUAGCUCAAGCCUAUCUGGUGAGCCCACGUUGGCGGUCUGUUACAUCCUCCCUUGCCUAGACCCAUUACUGUCCCUGGUAAUGGCAGGGUAAGAUGUGUAUACAAACUUUACUGUUUCCAUGGGGUGGAAAUGGUUGCGUCCCCAGGACACCUGGAAGAUCGUACGUGAAUUUUUGCACGGGCCAUCUGUCUCACUGUGGGCAGGGGGUGCAGUCUGUGUCACAGUGGCACCCUGACUCUGGUUCCACCUCGGUGGUGGGUGCAUCUGCCGUCUCAGCUCCCACAGAAGAGGGGGAAACUUCCUGCUUCUCCUCGAAGUCCACAGUGGGCUCACCUUCCCUAGCUUUCUCAGGGGCACUAGUGGAAGCCGGUGGUAGAACCCCAUCACGAGCUCCAUCCCCCUCUCAUAACUGGGCACUCGGAACAAAUUCAAGGGCUUAAUCAUAUUCAUCCUCGGUGUCUGGUUCAUUUACAUCCCAGGAAGCACCAGUGUCCAGCUGGAACCUCUUCCUCUGUGGGGGUCACCAGCUUUCCGGAGGUUGGGGCCCCCUGUCAACUGGAGGGCUCUCCACCAGCUCUCCCACAGGCAGUAGCAUAUUACGGUGCACUGUCCAUGCUCUUCCCACCCCACUCUCAGGGGAAAUUUCAUAGACAGGUAGGUUCCCACAUUGCCGGAUCACAAUAAAGGGUUUUGCUCUCCAUCAAUCCGCGAUCUUGUGUUUCCCCAUCAAGCCCACAUUUUGGAGAAGGACUCUGUCUCCUGCUUCCAACCCCUGUUCUCGGACACAGACAUCAUAGGGUCACGUGUGCCACUGCUGGUUCUUUUGUACCAUCUCCUUAGCCAACCUGUACACCCACCACAAUCGGUUGCACAGUUGCUGGGCAUAUUGCCCAUGGGAACCAUGGCUCCCAAAAGCCUUUUCCACCCCAAAGCACAAGUCUAUGGGCCACCAAGGCUCUCUCCCAAACAUGAGGAGGUACGGACUGGCUCCCAUGGCAUCAUUCUUUGUAGAAUUGUAAGUGUGAACCAAGUAAGCUAUAUGCUGGCUCCACAAUGCUUUUUGCUCCUGAGACAGUGUCCCCAACAUGUUUAACAGUGUACAAUUAAAACAUUAUGGCUGAGGGUGUCACAGGGCACUAGGGUGCCCUGAUCCUUUAAAGAGCUGAAACUGCUAGGGAAAGAGCCCUAGCAGUGAGUUGGAAGCCCCAGCUCCUGGUUACCAGGGCAGCCAGAACGUGCUAGUGGCCCACACCUGUCAGCGGUCAGCUGACCGUAAGGGGCAGGGCCUGGCUCAUAUAUAAACCCCAUGGCUGAGGCCAGGAAUGCAGUUCCCUGCCAACAGCCAAGGGGGAAGGAGCUCUCCUCGAGUGAGCAAAGGAGAGAGGCCUGACUGCAGAUACAGCUUCUGAAACUGUUGAGGGACGGAGCACCCCGGGUGUGGCUUGAAUGAUGUUAUAGCCAGGUGGCUUGAAUUUAUGUUAUAGUCCAGGGCCUUGUGUUUUGUUUGCUGUUGUAUAAGACCGGUGGUUUGGAUGAGGCUAUUAGGGGACGAAGGAGGCCUCAUUGGGGGCCCACAGCAGUGUGGAGACCCCAGCGCCAGAGAGGGCGCACCAUUUGGGGUGCACCGGUGCCAGAGAGGGUGUGGCAUUUGGGGUGCACUGACCCUGGCACCAGUGAGGCACAAAGUGAGACAGGGCUGCAGAGAGCCCAGGGGGGACAAGGGGGCCAAAUUACAACAAGGCCCAGACCAGACAAUGUUGAUAUCAUCUGCAAGGCUUGGGGUGUGGUAAAGGGGUGGUUGGAGCCAUGCAUAGUCCAUAAGGCUAGGGUGUCCCGAAACACCCAUCGUGACAUCUGUUUUGAAGCAGGACAUAUGCGGGGUCUGGGAACCCAUGGGGUCCAGAAAAUCAUUCAAAACUGUGUCCAAGAGGACUUAAAGGCAGCCUCCCUCUUAAUCAUUCCAUCAAAGACGUGGUAGGCAAGAACAGAGGGUGCCCAUUGAGCCAACUUGGCAUGGUAAAGGGGCCUUGGGGAGAAUCACGGCCAUCCUUCAGGACUCCAUCCUGUGACAGAGGGUCCCCUUGAGGAUGGUAUGGGGUGAUCUGGGACUUCUGUAUUCCUGCGAUGGUCAGUACUUCUCACAGUAGCUUGCUUUCAAAGUCCCUUCCCUGGUCAGAGACAAUCCGAGCCGGUAGCCCAAACACUGAAAAGUACUUCUCCCAAAGCACUUUAGCAACUGUACAAGCAGUUUGGUCAUGGGUGGGGAAGGCCUGAGCAUAUCUGGUAAAGUGAUCCAUCACUACCAGCACACUGGAGUGUAUAUAUUAGCUGUCUGUUACAUACAGUACCUGACAUGUGGCACAGUUUCCUCCAUUCCAAAGGCUGACUAGCGGUUCUUCAAAGUUUUUUGAAAAAGCCCCAGGAAAUAAAUUAUUUGGGGCAAAAAGAGAGGUAAACUCCAUCAGAAAUCAAGAUGUAACUCCAACUCUUUUUUUUGGUUUAGUUGUGAAAUUUUAACAAGGAACUCAAGGAGUUUCCUAAAAAAGGUCAUCCAAGGGCUUUUAUUUUGGAAUACAUUGGGUGCAUCUACGCAUCCAUUAUUGCGCUGUAGUUACUGCACAUUAAGUUUAGUACUUGCAUAACCAAGUACUAAAUCAAUGAGCAGUAACUGGUGCUACUGUGAAGUAGCACUGAUGCACAGCAUUUUAUCGUUGCUAACCAUGCAUAGCCUAAUACUACUGCACAGUAGUGUAUUAGCAUGGUUUUUGCCCUAUAUGCUACUGCACAGUAUUAUUAGGCUACUGCGCAGUUAGCAGCUCAUGUAGAUGCACUCAUUGUAUUGUAAAGCUAUACAACAGGUAAGCCAGUAAAGUGAAUCUUAAGUCUGUAAUGUCUUCAGGCAUGUGAAAAAACAUUCUGAUGGAAGUACAACAAAUUUAAGACAUUUAUUCAAACUGGGCACAGCAGAGAAAGGAGUAAAAACAUACUCAAACAUGCAUGUAGGCAUCCUAUUUGGUGUCAUUGGCUGUCCUGUAAUAGCAGCCUUAUUCAUUAAUGUUUUAUUCAUUCUUUCAUAGGUCUUCCAAAGAGAUAACCAAGUGGAUACUAGACGAACAAAAAAUGGUAAUCGGACUCCGCUGACCUGUUUAACCCUGAAUGUGAAGGAUGAAAAGCAGCAGCCUUUCCUGUGAAACAGUGCUUCAGCAAUCUUGGUAAUGCACAGCCAAGAUGACUGAACAAAGGCAACGUGCUUUGUCAACAUCAGGAGAAGCAUUGUAUCAAAUUCUGGCUGUGGAGAAAGGGGCAACACAUGAAGAAAUUAAGAAAUCCUACAGAAAAUUGGCUCUGAAAUAUCAUCCUGACAAGAAUCCUGACAAUCCAGAUGCAGCAGAUAAAUUUAAAGAAAUCAACAGUGCUCAUGCCAUUCUGACUGACCUGUCCAAGAGAAACAUCUAUGAUAAGUAUGGAUCAUUAGGGCUGUAUGUGGCAGAACAAUUUGGUGAAGAAAAUGUUAACACAUACUUCAUGCUUUCAAGCUGGUGGGCAAAGGGCCUAUUUGCAGUUUGUGGCCUCUUGACCGGCUGCUACUUUUGCUGCUGUCUGUUCUGCUGUUUCAACUGCUGCUGUGGGAAGUGUAAACCCAAAGCACCAGAAGGUGAAGAUAAUGAAUUCUGUGUGUCUCCUGAGGAUUUGGAAGAGCAAAUUAAGACAGACAUGGAAAGAGAUGGAGAAACUCCAAUUAUACUCCAGCCGACAAAUGCAAAUGAGAAAACUCAGCUAAUUGGGGACAGCCACCGCAGCUAUCACACAGACUCAUAA